ACUCAGUUACAAUUUCGGGCCCUUUUCCGUCGUCGUUUUUCUUCCCUUUUUGCUGAGACACCAAUGCAUUUUGUGGAGACAGGAUGUCCGCCUCUUCGUCACCGACCUCCAGCAUAGUCUCUGCUAAUAUCAAGCUAUUCAAUAGCAAGUCGCAGAAUGAGACGCCGGCGUCUUAUCGCACCACCAAGGCCGUUAAACCUCCUUUACCGCCCAAACCGCUAAAGACAAGCACCUCUACUUCCAGCGAUCUCGCCUCAUCGUAUAAAACUACAAAACACGACUUGCAUGCAUCCCAUUCUUCUCCACCGUUAUCGAGCUCUGUCGCACCUCCAUCCGUUCCGCCACCACCACCUCCUCCUCCUCCACCGCCUCGUCCCACACCAAAGGCUGUAAGAGAAGCCACCCAGCCCAACGACAGAGACGCAGUAUUACCUUCAAAAAGAGAGAAUAUAUUACCAUCGAAACGUCAUGACGAAAAUACCAUCAAAUCGUCCAACAACGGUAUCAUCACCCAUGUUGGCACCACCACUUCCGCUUUGAAAGGCGUCCUCGACAAGAUGGUGGGCAGUGUCAGCGAUUUCUGGACAACCCAAGGCAAUUCCACCACAGCUACAUCCCCGUCUUCUCAAGCAUCGUCGGCUAAAACCAAGAUCUCGUCCCCUUACAACCUUGUCCAUGUCACUCACGUCGGCUUCAAUGCGCAAACAGGUGAAUUCACAGGGCUACCCAGAGAAUGGCAGAUUCUGUUACAGGAGAGCGGGAUUACCAAACGAGAGCAACAGGCGAAUCCACAGGCGGUACUGGACGUGAUUGGAUUUUACAAGGAAGCUCGCGAACAGUCGCAAGAUUUUGUAUGGGAGAAAUUUGGCAACGCGCAUCCUCGACAGAGCAGCGAUAUUACAUGUCAAGCGACACCACCCCCGCUUCCUCAACGUGCUCGACCGCGUCUUGUGGUCGUACCUUCAUCCAACGAUAGCUCUGUCACUGGCAAACCAUCUAUUCCUGCUCGCCCAUCCACAAGACCACCCAAUGGACCGCCUCCACCUUCAUCCAAACAUCCUCCAACUUCAUCUUCUCCUAUCGUGCCAGCACGACCCGCAGCAGCGAAUGCCGUAGAGCCAUCCGAUGAACCUACUCUCAGUGUUGCUGAACGGAAACAACUCUUCCAGCAAAAGUCUCCAGAGAAAUCCGGUCCGCCUCCUAAACCACCUGCCUCAACCAAACCUCACAUGCCACCGAAGCAUACCAAACCUACCAUACAACCAUCCUCUCCUACUACGUCUGCUUCGUUAUCCUCUGCAUCGCCAGCUCCUCCCUCACCUUCUUUCUCAGCCUCUUCCGCUUCCACAGCUCCCGUAGCACCGCCUCGUCCCAAGUUGGCGGCCAAACUGAACCAAGAACCUCGACCUUACUCUCAGGUUCACAUUUCGGCUAUGCCCGCACCUCUCGACCCUGCUUUGGAUGGCGCUUCCACCGAGAUUCGUAUGCGACGACGCGAGCAACGACGUCAACGUGAAGCGGCUCGAGACGCUGAAAUUAUCGCUGAUCUAAAGGCUAUCUGCACAGAUGCCGAUCCCACCAAACUCUACCGUAAUAUGAUCAAGAUCGGGCAGGGUGCAUCGGGCGGUGUUUACACAGCCCAGUCAGUGGAUACCAACAUGUCGGUUGCGAUUAAACAGAUGAAUCUUGCCCAGCAACCAAAGAAGGAAUUGAUUAUCAACGAGAUCCUUGUCAUGCGAGAAGCACGUCAUAAAAAUAUCGUCAACUUUAUCGAUUCCUUCCUGGUGAAUGGUGAACUCUGGGUGGUCAUGGAAUAUAUGGAAGGCGGGUCCUUGACGGACGUCGUCAUUACCAAUAUGAUGACCGAAGCGCAAAUUGCUACGGUCUGUCGAGAGACUCUGGAAGGCAUCCGGCAUCUUCAUCAUCUGGGGAUUAUUCAUCGCGAUAUUAAAUCGGACAAUGUAUUGCUUGGAUUAAACGGUCAAGUCAAACUUACCGACUUUGGAUUUUGCGCCCGGUUAAGUGACGCCGAACUCCGAACUACAAUGGUUGGUACACCUUACUGGAUGGCACCUGAAGUCGUGACAAGAAAAGAGUAUGGACCAAAGAUCGAUAUAUGGUCGCUCGGUAUCAUGGCCAUUGAAAUGAUCGAAGGAGAGCCGCCGUAUCUGCAUGAAAACCCAUUGCGAGCGCUUUAUCUUAUUGCCACGAAUGGAACCCCUGGUUUACAACAUCCGGAUGUAUUAUCAGACGUCCUACGCGAUUUCCUUAGAGUGUCCCUCACAGUGGAUAGUCGUGCAAGACCAACCGCAGAGGAACUAUUGCAGCAUCCAUUCCUAAAGAAAGCCGAACCCAUGCGAUCACUAGCCCCGCUCAUCAAAGCAAGUAGAGAUUUACGAAAAGCCCACGAGUCUUGAUAAUACCCCUCCACUUGUAUAAAAAAAAAAGAUAAACGAACGGAGUUUUCUUUAUUAUUCAUUCCAUUCGAUUAGUUAGUAUAUGAGCAGGACCUUGCGCAUUAUAUAUAUCGAUAAAAGUAAAAUAAUAGAAACAAACAAAAAGUAU